AUGGCCGCCCUCAAGUCCCUGGGCCACCGCGCUUUUCGCGAAUCUGGCCUGCAGUCAGUUUACACCACCGGCCUCGAUGCUUACCUCAUCAUCCUCUCCCGAAGCUGCCGCAUGUUCGCCUACGGUGCCAGCAGCUUGAUCCUCGCUCUGUUCUUUGCCGAGCUUCAGUUUUCCGACUACCAGAUUGGACUGUUUAUGAGUUUGACGCUGCUGGGGGAUGUCAUCUUGUCACUGUGCUUGACGCUCGUGGCUGACCAUGUUGGGAGGAGGAGGACAUUGUUCUUGGGGUCUAUACUGAUGAUCUGUUCGGGGACUACGUUUGCUCUCUGCGAGAACUAUUUCGUUCUUCUCGCCGCCGCCGUUGUUGGUGUAAUCAGUGCCACGGGAGGUGAUUUUGGACCGUUCAGGGCAAUUGAAGAGUCGACCGUUUCCGAACUCACCAACCCCGACACAAGAGCCGACGUGCUGGUUUGGUAUGUCACCACCGCCAGCCUGGGAUCAGCAGUGGGGACUACGACAUCGGGACGCAUUAUUGACUGGCUCAGUGCAAGAGAGGGAUGGACGCUUCUAGAUGCCUACCACGGGUGCUUCUGGCUGUACGCUAUUAUGGGACUGACAAAUAUGGCCUGCAGUGCCAUGCUGUCAGAAAGAUGCGAGCUCAAAAAGAAGGCUCCAGAGGGUGGCAGUGGGGAAAUAGCGCCACUGCUUCAGGAGACAACGGAUGACGGUGUUGCCAAGCCCAAGGAGAAGGCAAGCUGGGUCUCCCAGAUAUCUAGGGAAACACUGGCCAUUGUGGGCGUCUUGUGGUUCUUGCUGAUGGUGGACUCGCUCGCCGAUGGCAUGGUCAGCAUGUCCCUGACGACCUAUUACAUGGACAAGAAGUUUCACCUGCCCAAGUCGACGCUCGGCGAUAUGCUGUCGACCUCUUACAUUCUGUCGUCUGUCACCAACAUUUUUGCCGGCCCGCUGGCGCGGUAUAUCGGCCUCGUCAACACGAUGGUUUUUACACAUAUCCCGUCCUCCACCGCUGUCUUGCUGUUCCCGCUGCCAAAGACCGUUUCCCUGACCUUUGCUCUCCUGCUCCUCAGAGUCGGCCUGAACAACAUGGAUCAGGCACCUCGGGCAGCGCUCAUCGCGGCCGUGGUGAAACCAGAAGAAAGAACUGCCGUCAUGGGCAUAACGGGCAUGCUGCGGACCCUGGCUUCCACCACAGGUCCAAGCAUCACGGGCGUCCUCGCCGGCAACAACCGAUUCUGGGUCGCCUAUGUUGUCGCUGGUGCGUUGCGUUUGGCGUAUGAUCUUGGCUUGUUUGCCCUGUUUAUCAAUAUCAAGCUUCACAAACAUGAGCCAGCCGGUGAGCCCACAGGCGAGGAGAGGAGAGAAGCUGACGAAGAGGAACCCUUGCCGACUCUCACCUCAAUAUAA